AUGACUACAUGCCCUGCACCUCCAGCACUGCAGCCCGACACAGACCCAUCACUAGCAGCCACCAAACCAAGCACCACCAGCACUGCGCUCAUUACCUACCACUCCACUGAGAUUGUGCUAUUUUCAUCUCAUCUGCUCGAACCCAAAGCUAUCAGUAGUGCCUAUACUCCCAGCACCCUGCAUAACUUGGAGGAACCAAUCCCUCCCCGAAACCAAUGGGAGCGACCAAUCCAUCCCCAGUAUCAGAUCAUCCUACAGCGCCCAAGUACAACCCCCGAACCCACUAGAAACUAUACUGCAGUAAUAAUAGUUGCUAUUCUUAUCCUCCGGAACGUACUGCAGCAGCAGAGUACAAUACGUGCGCUCCGGAAAUGGCUGGCGAUUUUGAUGCAAUGGAUUCGGCGGCUUAACCCUGACGCUGGAUAUGGAGUGGGAGUGUUCAAUCACACUAGGUUGAUCCCAGAGAGUGAGCACAUGGAAAAAGAGAAACUCGAGCCCAUGGUUAUGGGACCCGCGAAGCCCCAUGUCUCUGAUUUUGGAGGAGAAAUUGUGGUACCAGACGGGAGUGUAGGUAUGGAGGAGACAGAUCCUAUUUCUCCACUCAAGCUGGAUGAACCCUCCUCUGCAAGAACAGAAGAUCUCCGAGUUACAAGCCAAGUUGCGGAAGAGUCUCAACUCUCCAGCCUUAGCGGAGGGGAGAUUAGUUCCCAAGACGUAUGUGUAGAGAGAAUUGAUAUAUCAACAUGCUCCUCUGUCGAUAUAGGCAGCUUCGAGGGUGUGUAUAGCGCCACAGUCUUGCUUGAAGAGGAGAUUGAACCGCCAAAUGACCAAUAUCUCCUUUCCCCGGUAUUUUCAAACCCUCUUGAGAGUAGCAAAAACGCUAUCACAUGCUCGAUAUCAGACGAAGAAAAUCGCUCUACAGCAGUCUCUUGUGUCCCUUCAGUUAGCGAGGAAGAGAAGAAGUGUGAACUGGAAAACGAGAAAGAAGUACCUCGAGAUAUCAUUGAGGACCAGUAUAAUAGGCCAAAAAAUGACAAUGAAAAUACCUUCCAAGGAAAGAACGAAAAAUCAAUGCUCCUACUAGAAAGCAUAGAUCUUGAAGUUGAGCAUACAAAUGGAGAAGAAUACCAUGACAGUGGCGAAGCCUCUCAAUUCCCUAUUCCUAAGGGCAGACUUCCCCACGCCGGAGACGUCUCUCCACCUCGCACCGCCGCAGAGAUAUUUCCCCGUCCUGAAGAUGCCAUCUCUGUUCCUUGCUCCGGUGGCCUCAAUGACGGAGGUGUGACAAGCAAUUCCAGAGAGGAGAAAACCUUCUCUGUCACCCCCAUCGACACGGAAUCAAUAUCUCCGCAAGCUAGCAAAAAGAAGGUUGACGUUACAAUUCGUACACCUGAUAUGGAGGAUCUGGUAUCACUCAUGUCGUCGUGGCACCUACGUAGUCCUGUCUCCCCCGUUCUUCCGGUAGCUAAGCCAUCUCUCCAUUUUGCUGGCGCGCGGCAUAAUGGGAGGGGUGACUUUGCCGCUGGGAGGGACUAUUGA